UGGGCGCGUCUCCGCAGGUGCCUGCGGCCGCCUGGCUGUGGGAGCUCCUCGGGCUCGCUCCCUCCCCGCUCUCGGGAAAAACUGAGGCAACAACUCCGUUCCGGAGGCCGCGAGGACUGUGAGGACGCCGCCAGAAUCCUCGGCAGCCUGGAAAUCCCAUCACGUUGGUUCCCUGAGACUUGGCGGAGGAACUGACAGCUGGCUGACAGAAAACUCAUCCAAGGAGAGAAAAGACAUAAGUGAAGUGUGAAAUUGUGAAUAACAUUUUCAGAUAUACCCAGCGGCUCUCAGUCCAGAGAUUCUCUGUUUCACCGUUUCUGGAGAAUAACCUGGACACCUUUUGAGGUAUUGAUUCUGACUUUUGAAGAUGGAUGAAUGUGUAGAAAUUUCCAGUGAUGGAAAUUCUCUAAUUAAAGCGGUCCAUCAGAGCCGGCUUCGCCUAACAAGACUUUUGUUGGAAGGUGGCGCCUACAUCAAUGAGAGCAAUGACCGUGGGGAAACACCUUUAAUGAUUGCUUGUAAGACCAAACAUGUUGAUCACCAGAGUGUCAGUAAAGCCAAAAUGGUUAAGUACCUGUUAGAAAACAAUGCUGAUCCCAACAUACAGGACAAAUCUGGGAAAACUGCCUUAAUGCAUGCUUGCUUAGAAAAAGCUGGUCCUGAAGUUGUUUCGUUGCUCCUAAAGAGCGGGGCCGACCUCAGCUUGCAAGAUCAUUCUAGUUCCUCGGCCCUGGUUUAUGCUAUAAAUUCAGAAGAUAGAGAGACCCUGAAAGUUCUCCUUAGUGCUUGCAAGGCAAAAGGGAAAGAGGUCAUUAUCAUAACGACAGCAAAAUCGCCCUCUGGCAGACACACCACCAAACAGUACUUAAAUAUGCCUCCUGGGGGUAUGGAUGGGUGUCAUACCCCAGCCACCUGUGCCUCUCCUUCAGAAAUAGACUUAAAAACAGCCUCAUCGCCACUUUCACAUUCUUCUGAAACUGAAACGACACUUUUUGGCUUUAAAGAUCUGGAGCCUGCAGGAAGCAAUGAUGAUACUGGGGAUGGAGGCUCCCCUGUGAGGAAGCCUGGUCUGGCCCCUAACGGACCCAAGCUCCCUCAGGCUCCUCACUGGAUCAGGAGCCCUCCUUCGUUAAUGCACAGAGUGGCCUCCUUACAAGAGGAGCUCCAGGAUAUUACUCCAGAGGAAGAAUUAUCCUACAAAGCCAACCGGCUGGCACUUUCCAAGCGAUUCAUUACUAGGCACCAAAGUAUUGAUGUAAAAGACACUGCGCAUUUGCUAAGAGCCUUUGAUCAGGCCAGCUCAAGAAAGAUGUCAUUUGACGAAGUAAAUCAUCAAUCAUUUUUUUCUGAAGGAAAUCAGCAAUGCAUUGACAUCCCAGUGGAUCAGGACCCAGACUCUAACCAGACAAUAUUUGCUUCCACCCUAAGAAGUAUAGUUCAAAAAAGAAACUCAGGGGCAAAUCACUACAGUUCUGAUUCCCAGCUCUCAGCUGGUCUUACCCCUGCAGCUUCAGACGAUGGCAAAGCACAUAUAGGAAAGAAAAAGAUUCUCUCGCCAUCUUCUUCCUUACUAUCAGGGUCCAAAGAAUUGUUGGAGAAUAUCCCCCCAGGUCCCCUGAGCAGGAGAACUCAUGCCCUUUUAGAAAGGCGUGGUUCAGGAGCUUUCCCUUUAGAUCACAGCAGUACACAAACCAGACCAGGAUUCCUGCCACCCUUAAAUGUGAACCCUCACCCUCCCAUAUCAGAUGUCAAUGUCAGCAACAAGAUUUCCAGCCUUCUUUCUUGUGGUCAAAAAGUGCUUAUGCCAACAGUUCCUAGUUUCCCCAAAGAAUUCAAAAGUAAAAAGAUGUUGUUAAGGAGACAGUCAUUGCAAACAGAACAAAUUAAGCAGUUAGUUAAUUUUUAAGACAUGGCUAGAAAAUACGUUUUGUUCACGUUUAACCAGAAAAAUACAGAACUAGAAGAUUCAAAUGUUCAUCCUUUUAAAUCUUUUUAUUGGUUAGUUCAUAAUAAUUAGGGGUUAUCAAAAUGUACUGUGUCCCAUCAUACUAUGCACUGUAGAUAUAUAAAUUAUAGAUAAUUUUUGAAAAGAGAUUCUCUUAAAGCGAUUUGUUUUAAAAACCUUCCAUAUUUAACACACUUUAUGUGGUCCAAGUUUUUAAUUUAAACAAAAAUAAGCAAACAAAGAAGGUUACAUAUGUUGGAGAUAACUUUAAAGUUUUCAAUUUUGCCAAAAUUUUAUUAGGAAACAUUGUGUUCAAAUCAGUAAUUUUUUAAAAAAGCAUUUCAAGAUUGUAAUUUGCCAUGAUGCCAACAUCAUAAAAUAUUAACAGCUAUAAAUUGUUCUAUGGUCAAUAAGCCUAAGCUACAAAGAAAGAAUGAACUAAUUCUUGAAAAAUCUUGACUGCAGGUAGGUGACAAUCUAAUUAAUAUUUUUAAAGGUCAACCAUUAUAGUAGACAAGGCAGCUAAUAUGUGUUGUCAGCUUAA